AUGACACGAGUUAAAUGUUCACAACUCCGUGGUAAAAAACCAGAGGAACUUCAAAAACAAUUAGGUGAUUUACGUCAAGAAUUAAAUACAUUACGUGUUGGAAAAGUAACAGGUAGUGGUGGUGCACAAAAAUUAGGUAAAAUUCGUAAUGUACGUAAAUCAAUUGCACGUGUGCUUAUCGUUCGAAAUCAAACAACAAAAGAUAAUUUAAGAAAAUUAUAUCAUGGAAAAAAAUACAAACCAAAAGAUUUACGUCCACGUAAAACACGUGCUAUUCGACGUUUAUUAACACCGAAAGAAAAAUCUAUUAAAUUAAAGAAAACUCAACGACGACAAUGGGCUUUUCCACAACGUACAUAUGCUGUUAAAGCAUAA